ACUAACCCACAUACAUCCAAGAUGGCGCCGCAGGACAACUGGUUGAGUGAAUUUAAAUCAGUCGAGAAGUAUGGGCAGGAUAUUAUGGAGAAAAUUAAUGAGAGAAAUGAAAUAAGGCGAAAUGGAGGGAAUUAUAACAAGGUCCAGUCAGAUGUAAGGAUUAUGUUAAAGACCUUCUCAAAGGAUCUCAACAACUUAAAGCAGUCACUUUUACGAGCCUCCUCUUCUUAUCAUGUUACCGAGAGAGAAAUUGACCGAAGACAGAGUAUGUUAGACCAGUUGAUAACCAAAGAGAAACAGAUGACUGCAGCCUUUCAACAAGAGGCUGGUCAGAGUGAUUAUGGAAGGUGGGAGAGGAGCUCAUUACUGGCAACUGAUCCAGGGGGGCGAGACACCAAUCCAUUUGAUGAGCCUGAACCUGAUAGCAAUAUUUCAAUUGGCGAUAUGAGGAGACAGCAACAACAAAUUAUUGCAGAACAAGACCAAGGAUUAGAAGCCCUGGCAGGAAUCAUACAGAGGCAGAAAUUAAUUGGACAUGCUAUCUCAGAUGAAGUAGAUUUGCAGAAUGAAAUCAUUGAUGACAUUGACGCAGGCAUGGAUCAAACCAACCAGCGUCUUAUCAGAGAGACAACCCAUGUAAAGAGGGUGACAGCAAAAUCUUCAACCUGUG